GUGCCGUGUUGGUAGUACAUGCAUUCUGUGUCAGACUAAAUACUUGCUAGGAACAGUCAUAAUGAGUCUUUUUCUUAUCAUCUUACAUUGAGGUUUGACGAUGUUGGUUCUUUGUCAUCGACAGCUCCUAUUAGUUGAUUUCUGUUAGUGUUAAAGAAAAUUUGAUAUUUUCUUUAACAGAAAAUUUGAUAUUUUCUUUAACAGAAAAGCAAUCUCAACAUGGCUUAAGUAAUGGGACGAAUAUGAUGUUUGAAGUAUUGAGCUACAUAUCACAAUUUGAAAAUUAUAGCAUAAUCAUAGAUACAUAUAAAGGAUGAUAGAUAUAGUUCUUAUUUUAGACCAAGCUUUGUAUAAAUGUAUAUUACGACACUCAGGUGUCUCUCUAUUAUCUAAACAUGGAAACACCUUAUCAUUGUUUGUAGAGUUGGACAGCGUGGACUUGAUUGUGGUAAGUACAAGAACAAGGAUAUUGGAAGGCUAUAUUAUUUGUUAAAAUCGUACAAUCUCUAUGAUUGUUAAGUCUGUUCAUGGUUGACAUGUGCUUACUUAUUCGUAAGGGGAUUAGCGUAUUGAAGAGAUUCACCAUAUCCAUCUUCCACUAGACAUAAAUUUACAAAGACAUCAAAGCCUUGUUAUAGAUUUAAUUCCAUUGUGGUCCAUGAUCUCUUUCCUUCAAAAGAAUCUCAUCCGGUAACGACAUGCUGGUAUUGCCUGCAACCAUAGUGGUGGAAACUUGAACACAAAGUAGUUUACUUCACCCUGAUUAGAACUCCUAGUUUUAGGUUUUGCAUUUAUAAGUUGCAUCAUGCUGAGGUGCUUCACUAGUGGCACAGGACUACUCUGUGAUGGCAUAUAUGUUGACUGGAGUGCCAGAACAGCAUGUCCUUAAUCCGCCAAGGAAAAAUUAAGGAGAGACAAUAAAGAUAAUUAGAUAUUAAUUAUCAUAUUUGCUUAGAUACCUGAUUAACCACUGCUGAAUCAUACAGUGAGAAAGUUACUUUUUGCUAGUAUGCUUUUAAUUAUUACUAAUUGUUUUGUGAUUUAGCUCUUAAUUUGCUUCCUUAUUUCCAGACUGUGUGCUAUAACAUUACAUGCACACGUUUCUCAUGUUAUGUUGAACUGGAUAUUCUUCUCGUCAUAGUGAAGCUAGCUAGCAAUGGAUCCAACAAAAGAUGAUUUUGAACAAAGUGAUCAAGUGCAUUCUCUUUCUCAAAUCAUGACAAUUUCCUAGAUUUUCCCCAAGUACCACAUAAUCUUUGCAGGAAUUCUCCACUGUUUUGUCUCUUGUGAGAAGUUUGCCUUCUACUCAUAUGACCAUGACCGGAUAAUACAAAAAGCAGGUAGUAACAGGAAUUGGGCAAUGGCAAGUGUGGAUGGAUUCUCCCCAUGGAAAGAAGAAAUCAAAUCCAUACUAUUUCUUUGACCAUUCUUGAAGGAGGAAUAUGAAAAGUCAGUUGGAAUUUUGUUGUAAGAAAACAUUCUCAUCCACUCUUGACUUUAUACUAAGUCUGUGUGAUGAUGGUUAAUGGUUAAACCAAACCAAUAAUUUGGAAAUCAAACAUUAUUUGGGAAGCAGUAUUUUAUUUUGUCAAGCAUUAAAUCCUCUUUGUUCACAUCAUCAUAAAUAUUGAGAAAUUCAUAUUGUUUGGUAAAGACUUGGAGCUGAACAUGCUUCAGCUCCUGUAGUCUAAAAUAAAUUAAGUGUAUGUUUAUAUCGGUUCAAACGCCUUGUUUUGUUGUACUAAACUUGUAUACCUCAGGCAAUAAGGCUCAAACAUGGUGUCCAAGUAAAUGCAUAAGCAAAUGAAAUUGUAUUGGAGAUUCCCCUCCAUUUCUCUUUUUUCGUAUUAUCCUGAUACAUUUAUUGAGAAUUUGAUUUUUUUUAUAUAUUCCGAUGAAUACGAUUCUAAAUAGUGAGGAUUUAUGGUUUUAUUGUUGUUUUUAUCAGCUUAAGUUUCUUCUGAUUUGUGUCCAUGUCAGGACAGAACUGAUAUGUCAUGUUUCUUCUUUGCAAUUAUCUUAAAGAUUCAUACUGAUACAUGGGAAUUGGAAUACUCUGCAUUCAGUGUGUUGUUACAUCAUGCAAAACAAAUUAAGGCGGUAAAGUCAUAAAGUCAUUUGAUUAAUGUGAAUGUCAUCAGUUACCACAACAUCUCACAGAAUGACAAUUGAUUGGGACCUUGAAACUGCCAGGAAAAUUUUUAUGCUGACUUGUAAAGAGGACCCAUGUAGUCUUUGUUUUCUUUGGUCCAACAAGCCAUCACUGUGCUGCAACCCAACGCACACCACUUAUUUCCCACAUUAAAAGCACUGGAAACUGCCUCUCUCUCUCUCUCUGUCUCUCUCUCUCUCUCUCAUGAACCUGUUACUGCUUCUUAUAUGUGUUCCUCAUCCAUCACCUUGCACCACUUCAACCAUCUGAACCCAACAGGUUCAUAUGCACCACCGUCCUCUCCACACCUUACCAUGCAGGAAGAAGAGUGCAAUGUAUCCCUCAGUCUUGCGAUAGGAGGAGUUGGGGAUUUGCCCUUCAUCAAAAACCUGGAUCAGACCUCGUUCAAAGAAGAGAAGGAAGAGAAGAGAGAUGGUGGCGGCACGAGGAAGAAGCUGAGGCUCUCCGGAGAACAACUGGCCUUGCUUGAAGACAGCUUCAGAGCCCACAGCACGCUUGCUCCUGUACGACCAGAAACAAGAGCUUGCGCAGAGGUUGCACUUGCAGCCGAGGCAAGUGGAAGUAUGGUUUCAGAACAGGAGAGCCAGGUGCUGCAGACCAAACUGAAGCAGACGGAGGUAGACUGCGGGUUCUUGAGGAGGUGCUGCGAGAGGCUGGCCAACGAGAACAGAAGGCUGAAGAGGGAGCUGAUGGAGAUGCGAUCAGUAGUGAAGCCCGGUCCGCAGCUCUCCAUAGAGCACCGCAAGGCAGCGCGGCUGAGGAUGUGUUCCUCGUGCGAGAAGAUGACGAGCGAUGAGAAAGAGAGCAGUCUACUGAGCACCAUCAAUUCCUGAGAAGAUUAAGAAGACCAAUUCAAUGGGGAAGAAGAAGGAACUGAUCAUAGAUUUCCAUGGAAGAGGUUGAAGGCUUACGACUGACUUGUUGGGUCAACUCGGAAUUAGGUAGAGGACGCAACGAGUCAACAGACCCCUUGUAAUACGUUGAGUUGACUCCGAACAGUUGUUGGGAGGUCUUCAAGCUUGAGUUGAGCCGCAUGGAAUAUAUAUAUAUAUAAUUAAUUAAUUGUGAAUGAUAUGUUGAGGAAGGUGUUACAGGUGAA